AUUCAUGGAGGUUCACGGGCAUUUAUGGGAUGCCGGAGGCUAGUAGCAAAAGUGAGACUUGGGAUUUACUUCGCAAUCUUCAUCAGAAAUACUCCUUACCAUGGUUGUGCGCUGGUGACUUUAAUGAGAUCCUACUGUCACAUGAGAAGCUAGGUGGAGCUCUUAGAAGUGAAACAGCAAUGAGGGAGUUUAGAGAGGUUGUGGAUGACUGUGGGUUUAUGGACCUAGGUUAUGUGGGGAAAAAAUAUUCUUGGAGAGGCAAGCGUGGAGAUCACAUGGUGUUGGAAAGGUUAGACUGUGCUCUUGCUUCCCAUUCUUGGCUUGCUUUGAACCAAGCUACAAGAGUACAAUGUAUCCGGUCUAAAGUUUCUAAUCAUUAUCCUAUAAUAAUUAAUCCUAAAGAAGUUGCAACCAGCCCUUGUAAGCCCUUUAGGUUCGAACAUAUGUGGCUUAGAGAGAGUGGGUGCGGAGAAACUGUCAAGAUAGCGUGGCUAUCUCCUCUUCCUCAAUCAAACUCUCCAAUGAUGUAUGAAAGAAUUAAAUUAUGUGGUGAAAGGCUUUCAAAGUGGAGUAAAUGGUCCUUUGGAUGUGUGAGGAAGCAACUAGAAGAAAAGUCAAAACUGUUGGAAAAGGCCGAAUAUGCAGCAGCACAGGGGGCUGGUUAUGAUGCAGUGAAACUAUUGAGAAUGGAGGUUAAUGAGUUACUGGAUAAAGAGAGUUUAAUGUGGCAGCAAAGGGCAAGAGCUUUGCACCUUAAGUGUGGUGAUAAUAAUACUCGGUUUUUCCAUAACAAAGCUUCUCAGAUAUUCCGCCGUAAUAGGAUAAUGGGAUUAAUGGAUGAUACAAACUCUUGGUGCUCAAAUACUACUCAGGUAGCUGAAAUCAUAGUUGGGUUUUAUACAAGGCUGUUCACAUCUGAAAGAACAGCCAAUAUUCAUGGUAUUUUGGACGUGAUAACCUUUAAUUACUGAGGAUAUGAAUACCAGCCUGACCAGAGUUUUUACUAGGCAAGAAGUUGAUAUUGCCUUGAAGGAGAUGGCACCA